AUGGCACCACCAAGUAAAUAUUCAGCCGAGCAGAUCGAGUUCAUGGCAACAUACCAUGAUCAAUUCUUAGAGUGCAAAUCAAACAAAAAUUACGAACCUUUCUGGAGCCCAUUUUUUGAGGCAUGGGGAAUCAAGUUCCCAGAGCGUGCUGUAGUCUUCAACAACAUUCUACUUGAUGUCGAUUUAACUGACAAACAAUCUGCUGAAGUGGCAACCACAUGGGCAUUGCGUCAACAGCGCCUUAUGCAGAAGUUCCGUAAUGAUCUGGGUGGCUCCAAAGCAGGUCAGCGGGCUAAUGCACAGAGUACGGCCACAAUCAACAAGAUGCUGACGAAUGUCUCGAUGAGUUUAAAGGCGAAAAAAUCUUCUCACAUUUUGAAACCGUAUGAGAUGUACUCGAAAAUGCACUAUGGAAAAAUCAAGGAUGUUGUCAAAAAAGAGCAAGAAGAACUCAAAAACUUACCAUCUGCUGCACCACCCAAGAAGACCAGUAUCGGUGUCGUCAAGCGACAUCUUAGAGAGGCCUUCAGCAAUGAGUCUGAAGAAGUUAAGGCAGAGGUGCUUGCCGCUGUUGAGGCAAUGAAAGAUAAGAAGCGUGCGGAAAUAGAGGAAAUGAAGAAACAAACUCACGAUAAGGAUGUCAUGCCUAGCUAUACAUCCAAAAUUGCGACAAUUCUGACGCAAUUCUUCGAAGAAUUACAUGAGAUGACAGAUUGGGCAUUCACAGUCCUCAUGGGCGGGCCACAGCCUAAUAUGGGUGGGACACUUGAUGUUAGUAGCUUCCACAUUGGAGAAACGCAAAUGGGCAACCGGUUCAGUCAAGCCUACCCACAUUUUUCACAAAAUAUCAUGGUGCCUUACAUGCAGUUUGUUGAACGUGUUUUUUGCAGCUGCACUGUUGAGAACAAAAGGCUUGCUGCCUGGUUCUACUACGUCAUCCACUCUGGCUAUCACCCCUGGACCCUCAUCUGCUCCUCAUAUAGUAGCCUCUGA